GGUCCGGGUCGCGGUCGGCAGUGUGUGUGGCGCCACGCGGUAGAAACGCCGAGUGAGAGUGAGCGGCGUGUGUGGGUGAAAGGACACUGUUCUGUGGGUUCAGGGAGAACCUUUUGUCUGUGGCGAUUGAGCAACAGAGGAGCUGAGAGCGCGGACGCGCGCUGCGACUGAGAGCUGAUUGAGCUGUGGCUGCAUGAAGAGGCACAGCUGAAAGACAGACGCUUGCUGAAGUACCCAGCGCGAGGACUUCAUUAUUGAGCCGGGAUGAGGAUGUGUUAGAGAUGUUUCUGAGUGAAAGACGUGUGGAAGCAAACUGCAUUCUCCAGGCUGACAAAAGACUAUCUGAAAAUGAGAAAAAGAUUCAAGAAGAGAGAGAAAAAGCAGCUCUGAUAGAACAGCAGAAAAAGGCAGCAGAGGAGAAACAAAUGGAGAUGGCACGAAUGAUGGAGGUGGAGAAGAAUAGUCAACAGGAGCAGCUGCUGCAGAUGGAGAGGAAGUUUGAUGAGGAGAAGAAUAUGCAACAAGAGGAGCUGAACAAAGCUGUGAAUAGCAAACUGGCUGAACAGAAAGACUUUCUCCUGGAGAAAGGUUUCAAGGAGAAGGCUGAGGUUAUGGACCAGGAGAUAGAGCAGCUUAAAAAAGAGAAAGAAGAAAAUUCUUUUUUUUAAGAAGGUUGUAAUGCCCCUUGUGGAGGUUGGCAAAGAUUUGUUUUCCUCCAUCCUCCAGUAUAAGCUUGUGAGGACAAAACUGAAAGGCUUGAAAAAUAAUUCAACUAGUACAAUUUAGUCGAGCAUCCUGGAGAAAUGAGAAUGAGAACAAGAAGAGAAUAAAUUGUGCAGAGAAUAUGACAGACUCCAGUGUUAGAGGGCAACAUCACUGCAGAGUUUAGUGUUAUGUGUCAUUUAUCACACCUGAUUCAACCAUGGAGGAAGAGAAGGAAGAGUAGCAGUAGCUUAAGUGCUCAUAUAUUUCAAUUUACCCCCGGAGUUACGUGUCUUGGAAGCCUCCAUCUUUGUUUCAUGGGCUCUAGAAUUUGAACCAAAACAGCCAGGCUCCACUCUUAAAUAAUGAGCUUAGAGACUAUCCUCUGAAAUAAGCCAUAAACACAUGAAAACAGAAAUACCUUGUUUGAAAUAAGGCGGAGUCACCAGAGUGAGAGUGUCGACGUUGGUCAAGAGUCAAGCCUGACUUGUGAGCGUGUCACAGUUGAAGGAUCUACUCUUAUGGAGCUAACUCCCCAUCAUAACAUGUUAACAACGCUGACUGACUCAUGACUCAGUGGUCAUGACACCCAAAAUUGGGCACAUGAGGCAUGCUUCUAACUGGUGAGCAAUGAUAUAAAGGCAGAGACAAAGUAAAAAUAAAAUAUUUCUUUGAAGUUUUAAAUCCCCACAAAAACAAAUAAUGACUGGAGAAGGAAAUGGUGUAAUAGUACAAAGAAACAGAGACCGAAACAGUAACAAAGUAAAUGUCAUUUGUUACUGUACUUACGUAGUUUUUUCAUGUAACUGUACUUUACUGAAGUAUUUCCAUUUGGGUGACUUUUUCUUUCACUCCACUACAAUUAAAAGUCAAAUAUCUAGCAGACGGUUCAACAUCAGUGCAUCAGCGUAAUGCAGAUGGAGUAUAGUAAGGUAAAACUUCAGUGAAAUAGUGUUUGAAGCAAUUUUUUAUUAAACUUAAACCUCUAACUAAGUUGCAAAUAAAUCUUAAAUGGAAACAUUGCCUGUUUGCAACAAGUAAUUUCAGAGCCUCUUGGUUCUACCUAAUGAACAUUAUUUGCCUUCAAUAUUUUGUACUUAUGAUAAUUUUAACAGACAUCAGCAUCAGACUAAUUAAUGGCAUUCUAUUACAAGAUUGGUUUACCAAGAGUGACACUGGAGUAUUUUCACCUAAAAUGAAGCAAGAGUCUUGUUGCAAAAAUGGUAACAGGACAAAAACAUAAUUAAUCUUUUAGUACUUUUUCUUUUGAUAUUCAUGUACGUUUGAAGCCAAAUACUUUUGCCCUUUCACUCAAGUAGAGGUCCAAUGGGAGGACUUUUACUUUUACUGGAGUAAUAUUUUACCUUGGGUAUCUCUACGCUAACUCAAGUACGUGAUAUACACAUAUGUACUUUGUCCACCCCUGGAAACAGAAGCUACAAUUCUUCUGUUGACCUCUAUGAAUUCAAAGCAUUAGAAGAGGGAACAUGCAAAUCUCUGCAGUGUUGUGGCCUUCAAGACUUGAGUCUGAAUCCAGUGGUUAAAGGUAGACUGUCUGUCAUGUAAAAAGUUCUAUAAAACUGCAAUGCUGUUUCAGCUGCAUUUGAAUUUCAAAGGAUGCCAAUCAUACUUAGAAUGUCAAAUCAAUUUCUCAUUUCAUACUUUAAGUAUUAAUCUUUUACUCCAUUACUCUUUAUCACUGAACAACCCAGUAUAAACAAAAGAUAAGAAUAUCAAGCAUGAUAUGAACAGAAAUAUUCUGGAGGGAAAAAAAACAUAUGUCUGGAUAAUUAAUAAGAAUGUGUGUAGUAUCUGUGUGCACAUGCACAUGUGUAAGCAGGGACAAUGUCUUAGUACCAUUUUGAGAAUUAAGUACUAAUUGUUCGGUAACUUUAUGCAAAUGAAACAUGAUAUUUAUUCGGUAGCUUUACACUCAUGAAACAUGUUUCUCACUGAUGAGCAGUGACAUUUGACUGCAAGUCAAAACUGCUUUUUGCUCUUGCCUACCAGAUGGCAACCUGGUAAACAAACAAAGACUACAGACCGCUGUGAUUUUGUGAGUCUUUUUCUGACACAUUAGACAUCUGUAUACACACACUUAUACACACACAGACGUGUUGAAGUGCAACAAUAGGGUAGAGUUCAUUUCUUGUGAUUAUGAGUGUACAGAAUUAUACAAUAAAAUGAAAGACAAUUACAUUUUUUGUCCUGUAUCCAUCUAUGUGUGUUCAGAAACUUGGGGUUGGAUUAGGUUGGGAGAUGUUUUCAGUAUGUGGUCACUUUUGAUUGGUCAGAAUGGGCAAGCUCUUUGUUUUAAACAAUAUCAGUUGGGUCAUGGAAGGGCGAGAAGGAACUCCAAGUUUGUCAGGGGUUAGUCAACAGAGAGUGGAAAGAGCCCUUAGAGAAGAGGAUUCUGUGGAGAGACUGGACCUCUGGUGCUAUUCCCCCCCCUCUCUCUCUCUCUCUCUCUUAAGCGCACCUAGUGCACUAACAUGUCCAGACACAAAAAACAACUCACGUAUGCCUCCGUUAAUCUGUGCAGUUCAUCUGGCAAGUAAAUAUAGCGCACGAUGUACGUGCCUCGCACUGGUUUGUCUUUAAAAGGUAUUGAAUUCGUACUAAAAGUGAAACUGAAAGAGAACGGGAGAGAGUGAAAGAGGCAAACAUAUGUCCUAAAAAGGUCAAGAAGAUAAGAUAAAACACAUAAAAUGCGUUUGACAUCUAGGUAUGUCUGGCUAGCUGUUUAAGUAUCCAGAGACUGUGCUGUAUUAUAUUAUGACUGGGCUGCAAAUCCCUGUAGCAUACACGACCUCGUAGGGUCGCUAGGCUGCCUGGUCCUCUGUGAUUUCUCGGAAAGCCCUACUUUUCCUGAAUGAUGUGCGCACUGCAUCGGUUUUGGGCGGGUCCUAUGCUCUGAAAAGGACCUGCUCGCCCUCGCACAGAAACUGAAAAACGGCAGCACUACCAACGAGCAGCACCUGCUUUCCUUUAGCACAGUCACUCUGGUCCGUGCUACAACAACACUUUUCAGUGCGCAGCUCCCCUCCUUACCGCAGCGGCGUAAUCACGGGUCGCGGGAGGGUGGGGUGCUGGAGCCUAUCCCAUCGGGACAUCGGGCUUGGUCUCAAAUUGUUUUUAUUUUUGGGGUCUAGAGGACUGGCAAGUCUUUUGGAACAUCACCUUGAAAGGAUAUUACCACUUUGAUCAAGUGGUUCCAUUUGUUUGUUGGACUUUCAGUUAAAACAAGGAAAGAUGGCAGAGCAAGAAAACAUCAUGUGCAGAGAGCCUAUGCCAGAUCCCAUCUGUAUGGUGGACAAUAUAAAUGGGUCACUGCAUGUAAAUACUGGAGCUAUUGAGGACCUGUACAGGAUUAACCAGCCAGUGGUGGUGGUGUCUGUGGUGGGGCUCUACCGAACGGGGAAGUCUUACCUUAUGAACCGCCUGGCAGGAAAACAUACUGGUUUUGCCUUGGGCAGCACCGUCGAGUCUAAGACUAAGGGCAUCUGGAUGUGGUGUGUACCACACCCUACUAAAGCAGAUCACACUUUAGUGCUCCUGGACACUGAGGGACUAGGGGAUGUAGGCAAGGGAGACUCUAAGAACGAUGCCUGGAUCUUCUGUUUGGCUGUUCUGCUCAGCAGCACUCUGGUCUACAACAGCCGUGGUACCAUUGACAACACAGCACUGGAAAAGCUGCAUUAUGUCACUGAGCUUGCAGAGCACAUUAGGAUCAAGUCACCUUCACUAGCAGGAGCUGAAGAUGAGGAUGAGCAGGGCGACUCUCAGUUUGUGCAGUUUUUCCCAAAUUUCAUUUGGACAGUGCGAGAUUUUGUUCUCAAGCUGGUGAUUGAGAAAAAGGGUCAAGUCACUGAGGACGAGUACCUGGAUUUUGCCCUUCAGCUGAAGAAAGGCAUGGGCAAGAAAGAAAGCAAUUAUAAUCUUCCACGUCAGUGUAUUCGAAGUUAUUUCCCAACCAGGAAGUGCUUUGUGUUCCCAUUGCCAGCCUCCCAAGACAACAUGGCUCACCUUGAGAGCCUGGACGAGCGUGACAUCCGGCCAGAUUUCCUGAAGGUCACACAGCGCUUCUGUGACUAUAUCUUUGAAAAGAGCAAUGUAAAAACACUUAAAGGAGGACACAAAGUCACUGGGAGGAUGUUUGGUCAUCUGGUGAGGUUGUACGUGGAUACAAUCUCUAGUGGCAACGUGCCGUGUCUGGAGAAUGCUGUGGUCGUAAUGGCACAGAUAGAGAACCAGGCUGCUGUACAGGAAGGGCUUAAGGUGUACCAGAGUGGAAUGGAAAAGGUGAAGUUUCCUGUCAGCAUAAAUGAGAUUGCUGCUGAACACCAGAAGCUUAGCAACAUGGCCACCACUGAAUUCAUGAGGUGCUCCUUUAAAGAUGAACAAGGAGAGUACCUCAGGAAAUUAACAGCUGAGGAUGUCUUGGAAGAAUUUUUAAGGGCCAGAAAUGUGGAGGCACACUCAAUUCUCCAGACUGACAAAAAACUGACUGAAAACGAGAAAAAGAUUAAAGAAGAGAGAGAAAAAGCAGCUCUGAUAGAGCAGCAGAAAAAGGCAGCAGAGGAGAAACAUAUGGAGUUGGAAAAAGUGUUGCAGGUGGAGAGAGAGAGUCAUCAGGAGCGGCUGCAGCAGGUGAAGGAGAAGUUUGAGGAGGAGAAGCGUUUGCAGCAGGAGGAGCUAAACAAAGCUCUGGAGAGCAAAGUGGCCGAGCAGAAAGACCUCAUGGAGAAAGGCUUCAAGGAGAAGGCCAAGCUGCUGGGCCAGGAGAUAGAACAGCUUAAAAAAGAGAAAGAGAGUUCUGGGAGUGGCAGCAUUUUUAAAGAUUAUGUCAUGCCUAUUGUGCAUGCUGCCACAGAUACACUUUCUACAUUUCUCCAGUAUAAACUUUUGAGGAAAGCCAUAAUUUAACCCACCAGACAAGUGCUUUGUUAAAAAAAUGCAAUGUUACAUUUACACUGUGGUUUUGCUUAAUUUUGCAUUUUAUUAUAUUGUCGCUUUAUAGUUUUGUAUUUAUUUUGUGUAAAUGUAUUGUUCGUCAUCCAAAUGAUGCAUGUGCACUCAUGCCUUUGUCUUAAUAUUUUCGCACCAGAGAAGUAGCCUUAAUGUAUUUGCUAUACUCUACCCCUGUAUAUGUAUAAUGAAGUUAAAUUAAAUUUUAGCUUGAAUUCUUCUUAGGUGUACCAUUUUCUUAAAGGCCUUUUUCUGAUAUUUGCUGAGUGUGUUGUGCCACUGAUUAAUCUGAUUAUAAAUAUUUCCUAGUAUGAAAAUGAGUUUUUAAUAGUGUUUGUAAUCAUUAUGUAUUGGAUUAAAUUCUUGUGCACUUGUUCUCUUGUUCAUCUUGUUACCUUGUUCAGAUGUUCAUCUGUGCAUUCUGCAACCAUGAUAUACAUUCUCUGCUGAAAGUAUUGGAAGAUCUUUUGUUUUUACUGUACACUAAAGACAAGGUUUGAAAUAAAAAGAUUUUACAUUUUUA